GGAGCGACCGACUCGUGUACCCCGCGGAGGUGCUGCGUUUCCGUGCUCCAGCGUGCACGACACAUCCACACACGCCGUAACCAGCUACCACACUGAUUCCUUUGCCCUGCACGCACGCCUAACACACACAUACACCCACACACACAUACACGUCGGAUAGAAAGGUGCGCGUACGUACACGAGGCACGCGCGCGUGUGCCUCGAUCACACACCUGUUCCUCGAGGAGACACGCCGAUAUCUCUGGCCGAGAGCGGACACCGCGACAGUUCGACGACGCGCGUGUUUAUCGCCGCGACUGUUGUUUGUGUCGCGUGUGAGAGGGGUGUGCACCCCGUUCGGUUGUGAAAGUUGGAUUCAAGGUUGAUGGAUUACCCGCUCGUGCUGGCUCGCUGAACGCCCUGGGAUUUUUCGGGUGCUCGAAACACGUGUUGGACUCGAACAGGUGGAUCCUGCUUGUGGUUUAUGGUGGCCGGGAUGAUAUUAAGGCAUCGCGUAAACAGUCCGCUCGAUUAAUUAUCCGCGGAGCGAAGAGAAAGGGGAAAACGAAGAGGAUCGACCUAUCGAUAUCGCACGAUCAAAGGCAGAGGGAAAGGUGUACCUGUCGCGUCGCGAGAGUGUGCGUGAACAUCUUCGAGGUCCGUGCCGCGUCCUCGUUGGAAAGCGAGGCGAUCUCUCACGGUUGGACGACUCGUCUCGAAACUCCAAACUCUCGAGAUAAAAGUGAUCCGAAACGUUCACGGUGUUAAACAGUGUAUUAUACGGUGUGCCCGUAGUACGGUGACCCAGUAAUUGAGGUGUGUGCGCGGACCGGAAGUGAAGUGCCAGAGGAUUCGAUAGAAUCGUAUAUAUACGUUGUGAAGAGUGUUUUAAGGAAUAACGAGAUCGAUCGGGAUCUAUUCGAUAGAUCGUCGAGAGUGGCUGGGGAACGCAGGUGACCCACGGGGAAUGGUGAUGCGGUAGUCGAGGGAUUCCUCGAGGAAAGACAUGAGGGCGGCCGCCGCCUACGUCCUGUUCCUUGCCCACCUCAUACAGACGACACACGCGAGCGGAUUCUUCGAGGUGCAGAUCCUCUCGCUGACGAACAACAGGGGCACCCUGGUGGACGGUAGGUGUUGCGGCGGGGGAGAUGGCGGUGGAAAGGGUGGUUUACCACCAUGCACCACCCCAUGUUCGACGGCCUUCUGGCUUUGCUUGAAGGAAUAUCAAUCGAACGUCACUGCCAUCGGCUCCUGUAGCUUCGGCAACGUAUCUAGUCACGCCCUUGGCCAGAACACCUUCACCCUCAGCGAACCUGUCACCCUGCAACUGCACUUCACCUUUCGAUGGACGAGGCAAUUCACGCUGAUCCUGCAAGCGAGAGACGAGGCGAGCGCAGGCGUGAUCGAGGAAGCCAGUUACAGCGGCAUUGUCCUGCCAGGACCCACCUGGCACACUCUCAAUCAUCAAGGAAGAAACGCUCAUCUAGCUUAUCGUGUUCGGGUCCAGUGCGCGGACCAUUAUUACAACGCGACCUGCACGAAGUUCUGCAGGCCGAGGAACGACAUAUUCGGCCAUUACACCUGCGACGAGAACGGGGACAAAGUAUGCAUACAGGGGUGGAAGGGAUCCGAUUGCGAAAUUGCGGUCUGCAAGGAAGGUUGCCACCCCGUGCACGGUCACUGCAACGUGAGCGGCGAGUGCAAGUGUCGACACGGCUGGCGGGGUGAGCUCUGCGACCAGUGCACUCCCUACCCCGGCUGCAAGCACGGUUACUGCAACGGUUCCAGUUGGCAGUGCAUCUGCGACACGAAUUGGGGCGGAAUCCUCUGCGACCAGGAUCUGAACUACUGCGGUACUCACGAGCCCUGUCAGAACGGGGGUACCUGCGAGAACACAGCCCCGGAUCAGUACAAGUGCACCUGUCCCGAGGGAUUCUCGGGACCGACCUGUGAGAAGGUCGACAACCCAUGUGCCUCCAACCCCUGCGCCAACGGGGCGACCUGCAGGGAACUCGGGGAGAGCGCUCAUUGCGAGUGCGCUGCCGGUUUCACUGGAUUAUACUGCGCGACCGACAUCGACGAGUGCGCCUCGCAACCCUGCCAAAAUGGCGGCACUUGCAUUGACGGCAAGAACGAGUUCGUGUGCAAUUGCCCGCCGGCUUGGCAGGGCGUACUCUGCCAGUUCGAUGUGGACGAGUGUGCGCUUAAGGAGUCGCCCUGCAAGAACUCGGUCACCUGCGUUAACCUCGCUGGCGAUUACAGAUGUCGUUGCAGAAGCGGCUUCACAGGCAAGAACUGCACAAAGAACAUCGACGACUGCGUAGGCCAAUGUCAGCACGGUGCCCUGUGCAUCGACCUGGUGAACGACUACCACUGCAGCUGCACCGCGGGUUAUUCGGGCAAAGAUUGCGACGUGGACAUCGACGAAUGCGCCUCGAAGCCCUGUCAGAACGGCGGCGACUGCCGGGACCUGGUGAACGCUUACGAGUGCGUCUGCCCGGUCGGCUUCACGGGUUAUCAGUGCGAGAUCGACAGGGAUCACUGCAGCCCGAACCCCUGCAGGAACUCCGCGCCUUGCUUCAACACCCAGACCGACUACUAUUGUCACUGUCCUGAACAAUGGCAGGGGAAGAAUUGUUCCGAGCCGGCCUCUCAUAACCCGCAGCUCGGCGUCAUGGACGAGGAAGCCGGCUGCGGCAGCGAGGGCACGCCCUGCGGGGGCAGGGGCAAGUGCAGCGGCGGCAGAUGUAUCUGCGAUCCUGGCUAUACGGGGAUGCAUUGUCACGAGAACAUCAACGACUGUCGGGGCAAUCCUUGUUUGAACGGUGGGACGUGCGUUGAUUUAGUCAACUCGUUCCAGUGUAUCUGCAGGGAGGGAUGGACCGGGGAUUUGUGCGAUCAAGACGUGGACGAGUGCACCAACUCACCCUGUCGCAACAACGGCACCUGCGUGGACGGCGUGGCCGAUUUCACCUGCAUCUGUCGGGGCGGUUGGAAGGGCAAAACGUGUACCCUCCGAGCGGGUCAUUGCGAACCAGGUACCUGUCGUCACGGAGGAACCUGUCAAGAUCGUGGCGACGGAUUCACAUGUCACUGUCCUCCAGGUUGGGAGGGCGCCGCCUGCCACAUAGCGUCACCGGCGUGCGCGAGCAAUCCUUGCGAGAACGGGGCGACCUGCGUGAACACCGCUGACGGGAACUACAGGUGCGUCUGCCGAGAGGGCUUCGAGGGGCCGAACUGUCGUCGGGACGUCGACGACUGCCAACCCUUACCUUGUCUGAACGGCGGCAAGUGCGUCGACGGAAUCAACUGGUUCAGAUGCGAGUGCGCGCCAGGCUUCACGGGCUGCGUCUGUCCGCCCGGGAGGACCGGGACCCGCUGCGAGAUCCGCACCGCCGGAGGACCUGGAUGCAUGGUGGCGAGCUGGGACGACGACUGCAAUAUCUGCGAGUGCCGCAACGGCAAGAACCAAUGCAGCAACAUCUGGUGCGGACCCGGUAACUGCCUGAACGGAACAUCGUGCCUGGCUCACGAGGUCUGCGUGCCUAGCCCCAGCGAGAGCUGUCUGGCACCACCCUGUCCAGCCUGGGGCGAGUGUCGACCCGUGGAGACCGGCAGAAGAGUAGGACCACCCGCUCUGCCUGCACCUCCGUCCUGUUGGCCAGGACAGGCCACUCCCGGACCAACCUGCUCCAGACUCACCAUCCUCCUGAGGAGAGACACCCUAGCAGCAGGCACGUCCGUGGAGAACCUCUGCAGACGCCUCAGGAAGCUCCUGGCCGAUCCAAGAAGACCGCAGUCGAUCGUGUUACUCUGCGAUCUGAAACCCGGAGACAACGACACGGUGGAGGUGACCAUCUUCUCCGAAGCCGCCGCGGACGCCGCCAGGGACCUGGGCGAGGCCCUCAGUCGACCUCUGGGCAGACCACUCGCUCUGGCCUCCGUGCUGGAGGUCAAAGUGGAGACGGCCCUGCUCAGCGAACCCAGCUCGGUGAACGCCGGCAGCGCCGGUAGUUACGUAGCUGUUUUGGGCGGAGCUCUAGCGACCAUUUUGGUGCUGGCUCUGUUCGGUGGUCUGUGGUACCUGCGAUCGGUCAGACAGCGAUCCAGCCUGACCGCAACGACCAGCAGCGAGACCUCGUUACACAGACACCGCAGCGACCUGGACGAGAAAUCCAACAACCUUCAGAACGAGGAGAACCUGAGGAGGUACGCGAAUCCACUGAAAGAUCAGGACCAAGGUGAACCGAGGGUCUCCGUCGUGAGACCCCUGUCCGGCACAUCGCUGGGUCCUCUCAGCACGACGGAGGAGAGCUUGGAGAUGGUCUCCGAAGAAGGUAGACAUCGUCUACCGCCGCUCUACAAGCCCCCCAGUGCAGAGGCCAGGAACAACACUGCCAGUUUCAGCUACGAGGAGGGACCGCAUAAACCCUACAGCAAGCCCAGACUACAGGAGCCGACGUACUCUCAUCAGCAGCCCGGCACGAGCCAGACGUCUGGUCCGCAUCAGGUUCUCACGGUGCACGUGUAACUCUCUUCAGCAACGACCGGAACAACGAAGAACUAGCAUCGAAGAUAACGAAGACAUCGAAGAAGAGGUCUUGUGGUGAUUAAUCUCGUGGUGACGUAUUAACGGAGACUCUGCGUGAAGGUGACCUUGAUAUUCUUUUCUCGUGGAGUCGCCUCGAGCAGGGUUGCAGAGAAGUUGAUUGGUAAUUACGAUUGGAGGAAAUUCCCUGCGGCCCUUCUGCAGAUCGGCACUUCACGAGACGCGACAAUAAUUAAAUAACGAGUUGUUUAAUUGUACAUAUGUACAUAGCCCGUACUUAUUAAUUUCGCUAAGCCUGUAUCCACCUCUGAACGCCGUCGUUCGGCUCUCUUAAGCUCUAAGGUUAUCGACGUUGUAUCCGCGUUAGUGGUAAUCGUGCUCCCAGAUGUCGGGAGCACCGUAGCACGUAGGCGAACCUAAUAUCGAGCGUUCCGUUAGGACGAUAAUUAUUGUGAUACUCAUAGAAAGGGAGGAGUACUCCCCGAGUGAAGUUCGGGUAGCCCUUGGGAAUCUUAAUUCGGCCCUGACCUCGCAGCCAUUGUAGUGCCGAAGCUUGCGUUUUGUCGAGAGUCGGAAAUUUCCUCGUGACCGGGAUGGUCCCUCGGAGAGAGCGGACGGCGCCAUUUUGCGAUCCGUAAGCGAUUGUCAAGCUUAACGACAUAAAUAGCUACGAUGUAAAUAGACCCACGGUAAAUAGAUCCAAUCACCCCCUUCCUUUCAUUUUUUUCCCUCGCCAGUAUUUCCUUUCCUCAACCCCCCCUUUUAGAUGUGCAAUUUUAUUUUUCUUUUCUCUUUUAGAACCAGUCUUUAACAAGAUGGACGUAAGCUCGUAUUAAGUUGUACGUAAUCUGUAACGGAAUGAAGUUUCUUUACAUUUUUUAUUAAAGAUAGUUUAUUUUAUAAAGAAAUCUAUAUUAUUAUACGAAAUAUAUAGAA